AUGCGCAGCCAGGUGUUCACCGCCAUGUGGCUGCCAAAAACGCUGACAGACAUUAUGUUACCACCGGUGGAACAUACGAGUAAUAGGCGCGUUAAGGUUUUUCUCAAGACUCUCAAAGGAUGGCUAAAGCGCUCACUCUCGGUGGGUCUGUACCAUUCACGGCGAACACAGGUUCCCAUAUUCUUUGCCAACUACAUCGUAACAUGGUCCAUUGUCAUCAACACAACACCCUACACGCUCGACACUGGCCGUGCCUGUCCUCACUCUUCCAGGUCCGAAGUAAUGUCCCUAUUGGAUGCCGAUGUCACAGCGUCCGGGGUUUGA